ACAGAUCUAUUACAGAAUGAGAAAAACUUUGAAUUCUGAUGGGAUGACUGUGGACAUUUCUUCAAACCAAAACCAGAGUACCCCAUUGGGAAAGACAGAAACAUCUGGUACCCUGAGACAUCCCUUAGACAAGCUGCAGAAAUUCCUGAAGGGAAACCUAAAAGCACUGGGGGUGGCUCAGAUUAUGAUUGGUGUGAAAUGCAUCUUUUAUGGGAUAACUGGAUUUCUUCUUCUUGAUUCUGAAAUGUACAGAAUCAUUUUCUUCUCGAUUUACACAGGCUUCCCUAUAUGGGGGGCAUUGUCUUUUAUCAUCUCUGGAUCUCUGACUGUUGUGUCUGCCAAGAAGCAAACAAAAUCGCUGCUGAGAGGGAAUCUAGGUGCCAACACUCUCAGCACCUUCAUCUCGAUUGUUGGGAUCUGUAUUUUGUUGUACAAUUUAACAAAAAAUAUCCACCAUGAUUGCAAGAAGGAAACUCUCUGUUUGGGCAUCAAAUCAAUUGCAACUGGACUUGUGAUUGUCCUAAUGAUCCUAACUUGUCUGCAAAUUUUAAUUUCACUUCCUCUCUCCAUGCUCAGUUAUAAUGUGGAUGACGAGAAUAUUCACUGGAUCCGUGAAGGAGGUUCCAGCUCCUACUGUCACAUCCACAUCUCAACCAGCAGAAAGGAAAAAGGGGAAUGAAAAUACAUACCCUUCUUUAUUUGUGUAUUGCUUUGCUGGAAAUCACCUUCUGAAGGUCUUUAUCAAGACUUGUUGCCUCAAACUAUAAUCUAUCGAGAACUUGAACGCAAAGAAGAUACACCUUCAUGUUAUCCCACAGAUACUAACAAACAAAUAUGAGGCUGCACCUCUGUAUUUUGGAUCCACAGUGAUAGCAAGAAGCUCAUACUGUGGCCACUGAGGCAGGAAUACACACCUGUGAAGAUACAUAAACAUAGAGUUCAGGGUCACAAAGAGAGCAACUAGGAUUUAUAACAUUGAGAUUUUGGUUGUUGCCACUUUUUUUUGUUAUGGUUGGAUGUCAUCACAGACUAGGUUUAUGCUCUGUUACAAAACUUAACCUAGAAAUAUUGGUGGCCUAACACAUCAGAAGUUCAUUUGCUAUCUACUUUACAUGUUCUUUAUAGGUUGGUUAUUCACCUUAGAUGCACACUGAUAUGAGUUCUACCAAAUAGAAUAAUAUCUGAAAAAGUUUUUUUUUUAUUUUGCCAAGAUAGGGAAAGAAAAUGUUAGAAGUUGGACCUUUAGCAAUUAGUUGUUCUAGAAAAAGCAAGUGUCACUUUUUGCCACAGUCCUUUAAAUAGUCAUCUUCCCAGCACUGUGUGGGAGACAGGAAAUGUAGGCCGACAUCAAGUUCAGAAGCUUAGUUUUUUAUGAAAACCAGUGAAGUAAACAUAGAGUUUCCUGAAGUAAUUGUGAAAAUUGUUUACAUGAAGUCUGGUCCAUCAUUUUUACACUCUGUGACUUCGGAUGUGCAUCUUCCCUGACUAAAGAUCAGUUUGCUUAUCUCUCAAAUGGUCUAGCUUGUGCUGACCCAUUUCAGAUUGGGAUAUCUAUCAAGGAAAAUAGUAAAUAUAGGUUAAAAAAAACCCACCCCAAACUUUUAACUAUAUGAGAUACUACAGAUUAUUAUAAUAUUUUAUUAAUAUCAUGUUAGGUUAAUUAGUUAUACUGCAUCAUUCUAAGUACAUUAAGGUUUUCUGAUGAUAUUUUAUGUAAAUAGUCAUAUAUAAAAACUUUUGUUGUUUAAUUGACCCACUGACAAUUAAUCAAAGCAUUACCCCAUUCCUCUUGAAUAAUACAACCAAAACUUUUCAAAGUCUAAUAAAAUUAAUACUAUGUCCCAUGAGAUCAAACAAUUCCAUUCCUGUUCUAUGUACUACAAUAGCCACUAGACAUGUAUAGAAAGUUAAAUUUAAAUUAUUUAAAUCUUUUAAAAUUUAAAGUCUAUUUUGUUAGUCUCAGUAACCAUAUUUCAAGUGUUCAAUGGCCACUUGUGGCUGGUCCAAAACAUUUGAAGAAAAAGAUGGAGAAAACUAAGAGGAUAAAUAGACAAAUACACCAUUAUAUUUGGAGACCUCAACACCUCUUUUACAGCGACUGGUGUAUCAACCAGGCAGAGAAGUAGUAAAGGUAUAGAUGGUAUAGAUGGCCUGAGCAGCAGUUCAAUCAGGUUGAUCUAAUUGACAUUUACAGACUUCUUCAUCCAACAACAGUACAUUUUUCUCAAAUAUUCAUGGAAUAUUUACCAGUAUUGGUUACUUCAUGUGUUGAAACAUAACUCAACAAAUUUAAAGGAAUAGAAAUCAUACAAAAUAUGUUCUCAGAUAAGAGAAUUGUGAUAAGUGGAAAAUUCAAUGUAUUUGGAAAUUAUUAAACAACAUACUUCUGAAUA